UGUGCGAGGAUAAAGUGCAUCAGUGCGGGGACAGCCAGCCUAGGGGGCACUUCCGAGCAGGCGGAGAGAAGCAGAAACAAAGAGAAGGGAGGACAUGAGCGAAGGCGAAGGGAGGGAGCAGGGGAUCAGCUGAGUUCAAUCCCGCCAGGAAAAAGCUCUUCCCCUCCGGCUCAUCCCCGAGAGGGACAGGUUCUGCCCCCUCCUCUCCCCCUUUGGUCGAGAAGACAAAGAACCGAGUGGCCCCAUGGGGAAAGGGGGUGAGCAAGGGGGGGACUCGGGGGAGCCGGCGGCGCAGAUCCGCUUCUACACCUGGGAGGAGAUCCAGAAGCACAACCUGAGGACGGACAAGUGGCUGGUGAUAGAGCGAAAGGUUUACAAUGUCACCAAGUGGGCAAACAGGCACCCGGGGGGCCAGCGAGUCAUCAGCCACUGCGCCGGAGAAGAUGCCACGGAUGCAUUCCAGGCCUUCCACAUCAAUCCCACCUUGGUGCAGAAGUUUCUCAAGCCGCUGCUUAUUGGAGAACUCGCUCCAGGGGAGCCCAGCCAGGACCGAGACAAAAAUUCCCAGCUGGUGGAGGAUUUCCGGACCCUGCGGAAGACAGCGGAGGACAUGAACCUGUUCCAAGCCAGCCCCUUGUUCUUCUCCUUUUACCUGGGCCACAUCAUUGUCAUGGAAGUUUUGGCUUGGCUUAUGAUUUCCUACUUUGGGACCGGCUGGAUCACGACCCUCAUCCUUGCCUGCAUCCUUACAACUUCCCAGGCCCAGGCAGGGUGGCUGCAACAUGAUUUUGGACACCUCUCUGUCUUCAAGAAGUCUUCCUGGAACCACAUCGUCCACAAGUUUGUCAUUGGGCACUUAAAGGGUGCCUCUGCAAACUGGUGGAACCACCGCCACUUCCAGCACCACGCCAAGCCCAACAUCUUCAAGAAGGACCCAGAUGUGAACAUGCUGCACAUUUUUGUCCUGGGAGACACACAGCCCGUUGAGUAUGGCAAGAAGAAGCUGAAGUACCUGCCUUACAACCACCAGCACGAGUACUUCUUCCUCAUCUUCCCACCUCUGCUCAUCCCUGUGUAUUUCCAAAUCCAAAUCAUCUCGACCAUGAUCAAGCGCAGGUUCUGGGCGGACCUGGCCUGGGCCAUCAGCUACUACCUGCGCUACUUCGUCACCUACAUCCCGUUCUACGGCGUCCUGGGAUCCCUGUGUCUCCUCACGUUUGUCAGGUUUCUGGAGAGUCACUGGUUCGUGUGGGUUACCCAGAUGAAUCACAUUCCAAUGGAAAUUGAUUCUGAGAAGCACAGAGACUGGCUGAGCUCCCAGAUGGCAGCAACCUGCAACAUUGAGCAGUCCUUUUUCAACGACUGGUUCACCGGGCACCUGAACUUCCAGAUCGAGCACCACCUGUUUCCAACAAUGCCACGGCACAACUUCUGGAAGGUGAAGCCUUUGGUGAAGUCAUUAUGUGCCAAGUAUGGAGUCCACUAUGAGGAGAAGCCUCUCGGGAAAGCAUUCGUAGACAUCGUUGGGUCCCUAAAGAAAUCUGGAGAUCUCUGGCUGGAUGCUUAUCUCCAUAAGUGAUCAUGAAUCUUUCUGGGGAGGUGUGAGUGACCGGGAGGGAUGGGGGGAUGUGGGGGGGUUCACAUUUGUGUCUUUUACUCUCAGAUCUCAAUCUAAAUCCAGGGUUGGAGGGGAGUUUCCUGUCUUGCCAGCUGUUUCUGGUGCAGGCCCUGUUCAAUCCAGACAGAUUUAAAAUGUGCUCCAGAGGGUGGAAAGCAAGGCCAGCAGUGCAAAUGUUUAAAAAAGGGGCAUUCAUAUCUGACCUUGACCUACUUUUCACAAGAUUCGUUCUCAUUCUGCCUAAACCACACAAACCCUGAUUCACACCUAAGGGGUUUUAGGCCUCAUUGAGUGUUUGCAAUCCAAGGACAUCCCAGUCAGCUCAUGCCUCUUUCCCAUGUUUGUGUGGAAGAGGAAUCACAUCCCAUGGGACUGGCAGCUGCUGGACUGUGCUUCCAGCCCUGUCCAGAGCCCAGCUCCCUCCUUUCCCUGCCUCCUCCCCUUCUCUAACCACAGCAUCCCUUUAGUGCAAGCUGUGACCCUGGCCCUGCACAGCUAACCCCUAACCACAGCAGGGUUAACAUAGCCAUGUUUUUAGGAUCAGCCCCUCUUCCCAGGGGUCUGUAGAAGAUGGGUUUAAAGAGCAAAAUGUCUCCUUUAGGAGAGGGUCUGUUUUCUCUUAAUGAGCAGCAGGUCUGGCACAGCGAAUGGAAUCGUCAGGAAAACACACAAAAUCAAAACAAUCACACAAGCAAAACGUGCUAAUUGCUCCUCAGUGCUCCAAGGGAACCACAAAUGGCCUUUUCAGCAUCCUGCCCUGCAGAAACCCAGAGUUCUGCCUGUCUGCACAUGCCUGGCAGCACCGAGCUUCUUCCUGCCUACCCGAGGCCAGGAGCCCUGGCACUGUUCACCCUUCCCCUGGGAACAAUCACAGGAGAAAAGGAGUUCUCCCUGCGCAAGGAGGAGCUGCUCAAAUCCCAGUGGAAUCAGCCCUGCUCAGGCUGUGCUGCUGAUACAAGACCUUUGGAGAACCCUCUCACAAGCUGUCUAAAACUCCAUUUUCUGCCCAGCACCUAAUUACCAAAAUUCACUAAUGGUUUAUCAGGAGAUAUGUCUGGACAGCUUCCAGGUGCUUCUGGAACAGGUGACCUGACCCCAAAUAAAUCCAGGGGUUCAGAUUCAGCUGCAACACAACAGAAGAGAUAUUUGGGUUAGGACAAAGGGCCAUGGUUCCAAAAGCAGCCUCCAGCUCCAGCCUCGGUGCUCCCAGGAAUCACCAGGAGGGAGACUCUGGUUACUUUGCAUGCCUCAUUACUUCCCUCAGCUCUGAAACUGGAUCCUCUCUGUCAAAUCCCUGAAUCCUACCAGCAUUCCACAGAAUCAGCAAGGUGCUUCAUCAUGAAUAGAGACUACUCUGGGACUGUGGCCAGCGUUGCAAAAAAAAAAAAAAAAAAAAAAAAAAAAGUAUUCCCUCCCCACCCUCUUUGGAAAAUAAAAUGAGAUUUUAUCUUUGAUUACAGUGGGGAAUUCAGCAUCUUGCAACUUCAGUAAGCAAUGCUUAGGGUUUGUAAAGGGCUUGUUCUGGGGGUCUUGCUCACCCAAGUACCACCAGGAAUGUUUAGGGUGAAAAGCUGCAUAAGUAACAUCCUUCUGGAUGCUGUGAUUUCCCAGGCAGGUAGUGAGGAGCUCUCCUGGAAUUUGGCUAACCUCAUGAGGACUGCCUUAAUUUGUGCAUCCCUUCCUUGAAUGUACCUCACUGUGCUCCAGCAAGGAUGACCAUGAGAACAGAGGCAUCAGCAGUGCAAGCUUUUAAAUAUCCAGCUUCUUCUGACAGCUCUUGUUUUUUUGUUGGUUUUUUUUUUUUUGUCUUAUUUCCAGAGCAAAUAUUUUCUUCCUUAGCUCUGCCCCCUUCUUCUCAAUUUUCUUCUUGGGAAGCUGUUUGGGUUGAUCUUGGGGAAAGAUCAGCUGUUAGGCAAAUGGGCUUUUUUUUUCCCCCAAAAAAACUUACUAUUUUUUCAGGCAAAGCCUCUCUGGCUCAUAUAGCUUUUUCCUCUUCUUCCAAAAAAAAUCUCAGCUUUCUCUCUUGGAAUUUGAGCUGGUUUUUACGUGCCUUGAUUCCUUGUUGACACCCCAUCCCUGCAAGUGUUACAGGCCAGGUUGGAUGAGGUUUGGAGCAACUUGGUCUAGGGAAGGUGUCCCUGUCCAUGGCAGGAGGGUGGAAUUGGAUGAUCUUUAUUGCCCCUUCCAAUCCAAACCAUUCCAGGAUUCUACAAGCUCUCCCCUCUUUAACUGGAGCAGGUCAAAGAGAUCCCUGACAAAGAGCCCUGGAAGCCUGGAUCAAUCUGCUUUGUUAUCAUUGUUCUCCAAGUAAAAUUAGGUUUAUCUGGAGAUGUUCCAGAAGUUUCAGUAAGACUGGAAAUGUAGAUGGAUACAAACUUCCCAUGAGCUUUGUCUCCAACAAGGGAGCAAUGAGUGAGACAUGAGCAGGUUAAAAUCUGCCAUCAAAAUGACUGAAACACAGAAUUUUCAGCACAGCUUUGCCCAGCUUUCUGAGGACUCUUAACUAAUCAGUUUCCCUGAAAAUAAUGAGGUGAAAUCUUGUCCACUUUCUCUCUUGAUAAAGGUCAUUCAUUUGCACUGUAAUGAGACACAAACAUGAAAAAAAAAACAAAACAAAAAACAAACCUAAGCCAGUAAGAGGUGCUGGAAGCCUGCCAGGGUUUACUGAACCCAGCUACACCACAUGGCAAUGGGGAGCUGGAAACACAGAGCUGGUUUCAUGGCAGAGAAUCAAACAACAGCCAGGGAAGGAAUGGAUUUGUUCUCCCCACUCACUGUGGGGGACUGGAGUAGGAGCUGGAGGACCAGGAUGAUCGAGGAUGCCAGAGAAAAGCACAAACUGCAGCAAAGAGAAGCCUCUGGGUGUGUUUUGGGAGGAGAAUGAGAGAUGGGAGAAGUUUGGGAAGGUCAGGGGUUAGGGAGGGAUGCAUGAGAGUGGGAGAAAAAAUACUGAGGGAUGAAGGAGGAGAAAUUUGGAAUCAGGUGUCCCAUGAUCUCACAGCAUGGCUGGAAUCUGCCUGGAGGGCUGUGCUGGAGACACAGGGCAGGACAGGGCAGAGCUGGGGCUCAGAGGGGGUGGCAGGGACUGGUGACAUCCACAGGCACCUCAGAGUGAGCUGGAUCUCACACUGAGCCCCCCUCCCACAGCUCUGGGAGCAGGGACUCACUGCCCUCAGCUUCCAGCGAGAGGCACAGUGGGAAUUAGGGAACUUUCCUUGGAGUUUUCCCUCCAAGCAUGGAUUUGAGGAGUCUAGAUCCCAGCUGCUCACUGAAAUAGGGCUUGGGAGGCUCGUCAGGACCCAUGUCCAAGCACCAUCAUUCCCUGCUGCAGGGGCUGAGCUCUGGCUGGAUUUGAGGUCUUCAUUAGGGAAAAGACAUCCUUUUCCUCAGUAGAUGCCUUUCCAAGAAAGCCUUCCUAACAAAGCCCUAACAUUUCCAAUGUUAAAUCAGCAAACCCACAUUCUUUAUAGGACAGCUCCUGGUUUUUCUUAAUUUUUUGGGAAAAAAAAAUCCAGUAACUCAAAAAGAACAAUUUUUUUCCUUGUGUAUCCUACCACUCAAUAAAAUCAUAACUAUUUGUUGACCAUA